UCUCUCCGUACAGUUACAUGCUAUAAUAUGCUAUAAUCUAGUCUAAUCUAAUCUAAUCUAUAAUCUAAUUUUAAAUCUACAAUAAUGGAUAUAACAAUUCACAAAAUUGCCCCACCUUCCACCGAAGGCAAACGACCGGAUAGUGGAUUCCGAUUCCGAAGCGUGAACAGUGAUUGGGAAACACGCAGAUCAACGCGGAGUAAACAAAUUAUGAGGGAGAGCAAGCAAAAAAAGGAACAAAACCGAAAACGAAAACAAAAGCAACAAGUAGUUCAGUUUCCGCAGUUCAUACGAUUAAAAACAAUAAUAACAAGUUCGUCGUCUAAUCGUAACGUACAGGCGGCCCAGGAAACGAUCGCAUCGCUCACGGCGGGCGACAAUGCGGCCUACGAGAUGGAUGUCUCUUCCGGCGACAGUGUUGAUGCCGUGCUGAAUGAAGUGAUUGGCCGGUACAAGCGACCACCGACGGUGGUCGUUAAUUCGGCAGGUAUUACCCGCGAUAACUUCCUGCUGAAGAUGCCCGAGUCCGACUUUGAUGCGGUGAUCAACGUGAACCUGAAGGGUACGUGGUUGGUGCUGCAACGUUUCGGCCGGGCCAUGAUCGAGCACGAGCUGGCCGGUUCAAUGGUGAACGUGUCGUCGAUCGUUGCCCGCACCGGCAACAUCGGACAGUCGAACUAUUCCCCGAGCAAGGCGCAACGCGAGCAGCACGGAACAGCACUGGUAGAAAGCAUCAUGCUCGUGCGGCGAUUGUAGGCUCGGUUGCACAUUGCACAACAGUUGCAACAGUUGCGCAUAGUCGUCGCUAGUAAGUGCUGCCUCA